AGCAUUCGUCACAGUUUAGUUACCGACUUACGGAUAGCCACAUCUAGUUCGAAUAACCGAAGAAAUCUAAUAACCAAAAAUGAAGCUCCUGUUUGUGCUCGCCGCGGCCAUGGUUGUAGUUCUCGGCCAGGAUUUAUCCUAUACUAACAAAUACGACAACAUUGACGUCGAUGAGAUACUGAAGUCACCACGCCUCUUCACCAGCUACUACAAAUGCCUAAUGGAUAUGGGUCCCUGUACGGCGGAAGGAAACGAACUCAAGAAGCACCUCCCGGAUGCCCUGUCCAAUGCCUGUGCCAAGUGUACGGAAAAGCAGCGUGAGUUUGCCGUGAAAAUUCUGAACGAGCUUAUCGCGAACCAUCCCGACGAGUGGACCACGCUGAGAGCGAAGUACGAUCCGGACAAUAAGCUCGUCGAAAAGUUCCGCGAAACAGCACUCGCUGCCGGAGUCAAACUGUGAAGUAUGCAGUAAUCGCACCGGACCCGGACUAAUGGUAUCGGAUUAUUUCUUGUAUAUUUGUGUAAUUAAAUAAAAACGACGUUGCAAUACCUAAUC